CCCUACGGCGUAGGGGUCUGCGUCGAUUUAACGCGGAACCAUAAUUCAGGCUUUAUAUCGGACAACCCGAAAACGAAGAAAGAAGCGUAGAAGACCCGAGCUGCACAUCAUAUUUUCAGAAGUCAAGUAAAUGUGACAGAACAGGAAUGGCACCUGAUGUACUGAUAAAAACUCCAGAUUAUUCAACAGACAACAUCAGUCAAAAUACAUAAUUCUGGCUGUGAUAUGGAGAACAGUGCGGGUAUGAAUGACCAAAGUCAUGAAUCCCUAAUGCCAUCAGGGUGGAUUAAAGUGGUUAGGCAGCGAAAAGGAGGCAAGACAGCAGGGAAACUGGAUGUCUACAUAAUAAGUCCCAAAGGGCAGAGGUUCCGGUCAAAAGCGUCCCUCCAAGCUUUCCUUUUAGAAAGUGUUGAAUGGAACUUGGACAUAAACCUAUUUGAUUUCACCGCAUCCAAAGAUAAUGUCACUACCUCGGAAACACAUCCUUUAAAUGCAAAGCCCAGGAGACGAAGGAAAAAGCAACCAGAUGGACAGCAGGAGAAAAGCGAUAAAAAGAUGGAUUCCAUUCCAAGUAAAUCUAAAAAAUCCUCUUCCUUCCUCAGCAGUGAUAUUAAAGACAGAAAAGUAAGGACUCCAGAAGAUACUAACUCUAUUAACAGCAAAAUUCAAGUUGAGAGUGUUGCAGACAUAGAGGUUUGUGAAGACAAAAAUGAGGAGAUUGUGAAGGAUUGCUCACAAACUGCAUCAUUAGGAUUAGUGGAUGAUGUGAACGUGCAGAAGAGCCCUCAGAAAGUCGGGCAGCUGAGAGAGAAGCUCUUCAGACUGGCCCCUUCCAGUAAUCAGCAGAACACUUUACUUUUUCACAACAAUACACAGACAGACUUGCAGCUUUCAGUCCCCAGUCUGACUGUUGAAGCUGCAACUGGGAGUGAAACAGAAGGUGAGAAAGCAUCAGACACAGAUAUCACACAGUUUCACUGCAAAGGUGAGAACAAGUCUAAUUCUGAUGUGGAGGCUGAUGCUGACAGUCACCAGGAUGUUGAAGAGGAGGUGUUGUUACCUGACAUCACAAGUGGGAGCUGCACACCAAUGUCGGGUUCCCAGAAUAAGUCCAAGAGCUUGGAAACUAAGCGGAAAACCAGCCCUUAUUUCAGCAGAAAACCCCUUGGAGAUGGAAUUAGCCCACCUAGGAGGAAAGCCUUCAAGAAAUGGACACCUCCCCGCUCUCCCUUCAACCUCGUUCAGGAGACCCUUUUCCAUGACCCUUGGAAGCUCCUGGUUGCCACUAUUUUUUUGAACAAGACAAGUGGGAAGAUGGCCAUUCCAGUGCUGUGGCAGUUCUUUGAGCGUUACCCAUCUGCACAGAUGACCCGGGAAGCAGACUGGAAGCCCAUGUCUGAACUUAUAAAGCCACUCGGUCUGUACGAGCUUCGAGCCAAAACACUUAUCCGCUUCUCAGAUGAGUAUCUAUCGAAACAGUGGCGCUACCCUAUCGAGCUGCACGGUAUCGGAAAAUACGGCAACGACUCCUACAGGAUCUUCUGUGUUGAAGAGUGGAGACAGGUGACGCCUGAAGAUCACAUGUUAAAUAAAUAUCAUGCCUGGCUCUGUGAGACCCAGGAAACAUCGGGAAUAUGAAAAACCUCAGGGGAGAGACUGCUGACAAGAUUUUAUUGUGAUCACGAACACUGCAGUCAACCACAGUAUAUUACCAUGAAUAUGAACCUGUCUUUUUAUGCCUAAAUUAGUUUAAAAUUAUGUACUAAUAUCCUGAAAUUAAGUUCUUAAUGUUGAAUAAAAUGUUUUAACUGGUCAACAG